CCUUCAUUUUGGAUUUUCGUGUUGGUGCCCUAGUGUUAAUGCAUAUUUUUACUUAUAUUUACAGUAAAACUUUGAGUUUUAGUUUAUUGUAUAAACAUUAGAUUUAUCCUAUUUGUUGACUGAUACAAGCAAUGAUCCUAUAUAUUAGAUCAUACUUUUAACUUGUUAAAAAUAUAUUGGGAUCAACUACGUCAAGAUGAGUAGUGUUGAAAAGAUUCCUCAAGUGAAUAACGAUUCUGAAAUGGAAGAAGGAGAAAUAGUAGAUGAUUGGGACGAUGUAUCCGGAAUUUCGUCAGAAGAAGAGUUUUUGUUAAGACAAAGGUUGUUAGUGUUGGAAAAUUAUAAUAAUGUCCUUGAGAGACAAGAAGCUAAAAGGGUGUCAUUGGGUAAAAUUGAGAAAAGCACAGACACAUUUUUGCAUGAUCUCUCUGAUAUAUCAGCUAAUGAAUUAGAGGAUAACACUACAGAUUAUAUGAAACAUUCCAAAAACCAAAUAUGCUCAAAAGCAAGUCACAAGGAAAAGAGAUAUUUACAUAGUCAUAAAAAAAGUAAGAAAAAACAUAAUCGCAAAAGAAAAUUAGUGCCAAAAAUUGUAAGUGAAUCUAGUGAGGAAUCCGAUGAUGAAUAUAAAAAUAAAAGACGCAAAUUAGCUAAUGCUGUUGCAUUAAACAAGGAAAGGGUUGAUACAUCAUUAAAAGCCAGGCUCGAGAAAAUGUUUGGGAAAAAACCUAAAGAAAAUUGUUUAAACAAUGAACCUGUAAAGGUGUGCAGUAAAAUAGUUGAGAAACAAGAUGUCAUCAGCUUGGAAAAUUUAACACAAACAAAUUGUCUAAAUAAUAAUGAAGAGAAAGAAAUUUUGCUUUGUAAUCAGUUGAGUAAUAUAGAAAUUGCAAAUGACAAUGGUGAUUCUUUAAAAGAAGAACAGAAUGCGAAUGGUAUCCAAUUAAAUGAGGGUAAAGAUGAGUGUGACAGUAAAUUUAAAAGUUUAUGUACUGAAGAAAGCAAAAAAGUUUCUGAAGUUAAUAUUCACACUGAGAACAUAGAACCAAGCGAUAAAGAAACACCAAAUAAACAAGAUUCAGAUGAUGAAUUGGAACUACUCAGACAACAUGCCUUAAAAACAAAAAGUACUAAAACAAAAUCAGAUAAAUCAAAACAAGCUAAAAUUAAGACUCAAUCUUCUGAUGAUGAUAAUGAUACUGCAGAUUUGAGACUCAUUUGUCUUAAAUCAGCUUUAUUAAAGAAGGCAAUUGAAAUGAAAAGAAAGCAAAAGUUAAGAAAAAGAUUGAAAACAAAAUCGAAAAGUUUACAAAAUGAUAUUUUGCCUUGUGAAGCAGAAAUAGGAAAUGUUACAGACUUAGAUAAUAAUACUGAUAUAGAAUCUGUGGAUAUGGACAUUGGAUCUGAUGGUGAUGAGAAAACAAAGGAAUCAAGUUUAAAUGGUGAUCGAAAUGUAAAUUCAAGACAAAAAAUAGAUGAUAAACAGACAAAUGCAACCAAACAAGAUGAAUUAGAUGAUGAUGAAGAUUUAUUGAGAGCACAACUACUAACAUCUUUAACAAAGAAUUUACCAAACCUACUUGCUAUUGAUGAUAUAAAUUCAUUUGAGAAUACUAAAAUAGAAGCGACCUCUAAAUCUGUAGGUAAAAAAGAUGUUCCAGAAGAAAAGAAGUUUAUUAUAAAUUUAAUAGACACAGAUUCUGAGGGUGAACAUGAAGCAACAAAAAAUUUAACGAAAAUGCAUAUGAAACUGUCAGAGAGUCUAGAUUUCCAAGAAAAAUUGGAUUUGUUCCUAAAAUCAACCCGGUUGCAAGUUGAAAGUAAUAAAUUACCAGAUGUUGUGCAGCAACCAGCUGCCUCAAAGCCGCAUGCUAAAUAUGUACCAAAGGCUGUAAAUCAUUUACCCAAAUCUGAACAAAUUGAAUAUAAAAAUUUAGUCAAAAGAAUGGCAGAAUUGGAGAAAAUGAAACAAGUUAGACAAGCAUAUAUGAAUCAAAAGAAUGCAAACAUAUUAAAAGAAACCAUGAACCCAAGGAAUGUUACCGUGGAUGCAAAAAAUACGUUAUCUGAUGCACUAGAACAAAAGAUUGCUAAUUCAAGAAAAAAUAUAGCGGAAGAGUCUGCUAAAAUGCUUAAACUUAAAGAAGAAGCCACUAAGUUACUCCAGAAAUAUAAAAUAGUAGCAACAGAACUGCGCAACAUUUCUACAGCCAUCACAAUGAAUAAAAAAGAACAAAGAACAGUUCAAAGUAAAUUAGCAAGAAUAAGGAUAAACCAUCAAAUGUUGAUAAAAAGCUCAAAUUUCAAACAUUCCAUGGGAAGAAUUCUUCCAAACCAAAUAACUAACAAAGUAGUUGUUAACAAAUUACAAAAAGAAAAUAAUCCAACAAAAGAUGAUAAUAAAACUACAAUACAAAAUAUCACAGCGAAAACGGGGACUGUUAAUAAUUUACGCAAAGAAAAUACUGGACCAAUAUCUAAACAAGUUAAUACUGCUGAUAUUCAGACUGAUAGGAUAACUAAAAUUAUAACCAAGGAAAGAAAUAUAGUUGAAGACAAAUUAGAUGCAAAUAGAAUUAAAGAUGUUGAAUCUGUUACAAAAUGUGAUAAAAUAGACAUAAUCCAUCCAGUUUCAGAAACAAAUUGUGGAAAUUUGAAUAUAGAAAUUGCUAGUGAUGUAAAAGAUAAAGAAAAAAAUAUAGACACUAAUGAAUACCAAUCUCCAUUGAAUGCAUUGGGAUCAAAUAUCUGGAAAGAAGAUCCGAAUGCGUUCCUCUGCCCUUACGAAGUCGGCGGCAGUUGCAGGGAUCCCGAUUGCAAAUUCCUUCAUCCCAAAAUCCCUUCAAAUUAAACUUUAGCAAUGUUGCCAUCUACCCCUACAAUACUCAACCUAAAAUGCAAAAUUAAUUUUAAUUUAUUCCUUAUUCCCUCAAACCUAGCUGCCGCUACACCAAUGGAGUCUUCAAUAACGUGUAAAGUAUUUAAUGUGUAUUUAUUUUAAAAAAAUGCAUGAUAUUUUACCAUUUUGUAAUACAUUUUUAUGAUAAUUAAUGUUUUUCCUAAUGCUUCCGUAGAAUACACCAGGCAGGUUUGUUUGUAUUUUAUGCAUUUGUCAUUAAUUUUCUUAUCUGAAUUUCUACCUAUUUGUCAACAAGCUUGCCUUUUAUGUCCUUGUUUAUUUGCAAAACUAUACAUU